UAUGUUUCAAAGUCAAAUUAGUUUAUACCUUGGGGCUAUGUCACAUUAACAAAAUUAUCAGGUCAAUUUUGACAGAACAUAUUUGACCAGGAUAUAUAAAACAUGCAGGCUAAAAUUUCAUCUGUCAACGGAGCAGAAUAUAGGAAUUGCAUUAUGUUUAUUCUGCUGCUUUGAUCACUGACAAAGACUUGUAAUUACAUGACACAACAAACAUUUUAUGAAAUCAAUAGGAUUCUAAACGGAUUUAGGAUCAAAUGUCGAAAACCAGAAUUGUUUAUUUCAAAAUCUGCAUGAAAUCUUGAAAGUGCAGAAAAUCAUUUAUUUUUAUGAUGGAUACAACUUCACAGGUGUACAUAUCAUUAGAGGUUGUGAUUGGAGCAAUUUCUGUUGUGGGAAACACAAUGGUCCUUUUAGCAAUAUAUAAAAACAUGAAACUACGAACUGUGACCAAUACGUUCAUUGGGAGUCUUGCUUUAGCUGAUUUACUGGUAGGGAUAUUGGUCUCCCCACUAGCGGCUCUCAGCUACUUAGGACUCCCUGCUGACUACAUGUGGUGUGUUUUCACAAACUCGGUAAUUGUUGUAUUCACCCAAAUUUCAAUUUUCAACUUGUGCGCCAUAGCUGUUGAAAGAUUCAUCGCUAUCAAAAGUCCAUAUUUUUAUCAGGAGCACCUGACCAUUAAAGUAGCAAUAAUCAUAAGCAUUAUAGCGUGGAUCGCUGGUAUGAUAGUUGGAUUUACUCCAAUGUUCGGCUGGAACCUUGGUCCAAUGGCAGACAAUAAAUGUGCAUUUCUCAGCGUCAUAGACAUGAAUUAUAUUGUGUAUUUCAACUUUUUUGGCUUCGUGUUGUCACCGCUAGUUAUCAUGUUUUUGAUUUAUGUGUACAUUUAUUACAUUGUUCGCAAGCAACUAGUUAAAAUAGCUGCGCUAGAAAUUGCGAAUCAAAAUGCACAGAAAAAGCAGAAACUGAAAUUUGCAAAAGAAGUAAAAGCAGCUAAAUCUUUAGCCGUGGUUAUUGGCGUGUUUGCCCUCUGUUGGCUGCCAAUUCAUAUCCUAAACAGUAUAUCCCUGAUCUGCAAGGGAAGUAACUGCAUAUAUCCUUAUAAACUAUUACUGGCAGCCAUUUUACUCAGCCAUAUCAACUCUGCCGUGAAUCCAUUUCUGUAUGCCAUUGGAAACAGCCAAUUUCAACUUGCUUUUAAAAAAAUGUUCUGUGGAAAAGGAGCUGUUUCUUGGCAGCAUACGCUGACCGAACAGGAGAUAACAGUCAUGACAAGAAAUGCCGCCAUGGCAAAAGCUAAAAGCACAAACAGUGGCUUCAAUUCCAUCAAUUCAGGACCAAAAACAACAGAUAAUGAUUCUGAAAGCUCGACAGAAAAUAAUUUAAAUACGGAAACACAAAACAAUGACAAUGUUGGAAAUGGUCAGAUGAAUCCGGUGUUUUUUGUAUAAAAUUGCUAUUCAUGAAAAAAAAAAGAUGAGAAAACUAACCAAUGAGGAACAAACAUGAAAACAGUGUUCAUUGUCAAAAAUGAAAUAGAAUAAAAUGCAAACUAAGAUUCUGAUAAAAAGCUGAGCUUUAAAACAGCGAGGGCAAAACAUUUUGUAACUAUC